AGCGAGCGAUACGUACCGCAGGAUCAUGCGUGCUUCCCUGCAUCGUGGUGGGCUCUGUCAGUAGAAGCGGGUGUUCAAAAACUGUUUUCAAAAUGAAUGAACAAGCAACGGAGUGGAAAAAACCGUUGGACCUGCUGAAUAGUGGCCCCAUGACCAAGAUUUGUGCUCCGAUGGUUCGCUACUCCAAGCAAGCUUUCCGUCAUCUGGUGCGGAAGUACGGCGUCGACAUUGCCUACACGCCGAUGAUCGUGUCCGACUCAUUCGUCAGGUCGCAAAAGGCAAGGGACGCUGAGUUCACUACUGGCCAAGGUGAUCGACCAUUGAUUGUGCAGUUCGCCGCAAACAACGCUACCGAUCUGGCAAAUGCGGCAGAACUUGUAUAUAGGUACUCCGACGGUGUCGACCUUAACUGUGGGUGCCCGCAGAGAUGGGCCAUUGCAGAGGGGUACGGAGCGCACCUUUUAAGCCAUCCCGAGCUUGUAAGAGACAUGGUUUAUCAGACCAGGAACCGUCUUAGCGAUUCCAACUUUACAACAUCGGUGAAGAUUCGAAUAUGCAGCGACCUCAGAAAAACGGUGGACUUCUGUCAGCAGCUGGAAGCAGCAGGCGUAUCUUUCAUAACUGUGCAUGGUCGCACCAAGGACCAGCGUAGUGAGCCCGUCAAUAUAGAUGCCAUUCGGACUGUGAAGGACUCGUUACAAAUACCUGUUGUUGCCAAUGGUGAUGUGACCAGUAAAAGAAAGGCUGCGGACAUCUGCCAGGCAACCGGAGUCAAUGGUGUCAUGGCAGCACGAGGAAUGCUCGACAAUCCUGCCAUGUUCUCUGGAUUCAAACAUACGCCAGCACAGUGUGUUCAAGACUGGCUUCAGUUGAGCGCAGAGCUGGGAUGUCCGCUGACACAAUUCCACCAUCACCUCAUGUUCAUGCUUGACCAUGUACUAUCUCGCAGCGAAAAAAGGAUAUUCAACGCUCUCACAAGUUACUCUGCGAUUGUGGACUACCUUCAUACUGCACAUUCAGUCGACUUAUGUGAACACAGAGGCAAGGUUCUUUUGUGA